AUGUGGUGCUUUUUUGGGCUGAUAGUAUCCCACCAACCUCAGAGGCUGAACGGAGAGUUUUUAACUAAAGAGCUCCAAGGAGGUUUGGAGUCGGUGUUCUACUCAGCUUGUAGGAAAACAUCUUGGUUGCUGCUCAAGCUGUUCCAAAGAAAGAUAAUGCAAAUGUCAACAGGAGCUCUGCUUCUUCUCCUUCCCUGGUUUGGUGGCCUGGUCCUUGGAGAGAUCAGCGAUGACUUCUCCCAGUGCCUCAAUUUCUUCUAUGAAAAAACUCCUCCAGAGGGUAUCAAUGCAGCAGGAUACCAGCCAAUAUGCCAGCGCUACAAAAACCAGUACCGCUUUGCCAGUUUGUAUCACCGCCAGCAUCGUGGCCCAUUGUACUCUGCAUACAUACUCAGUCCUGCAGAUGGCAAACGGCCAUCACCCAUUUGGAAGUACGAACCACAGCUGGUGUCUUACAAAGCCAGCCCAGAAAUGCAGCCUUUCACAACCCCAAAUACAGUCAACUCGGAUGUAAUGAAGAGCCAGGCAGUGAGUCAGGACUACGCACACUCUGGCUUCACCAAGGGCCAUCUCAAUCCUAGCAUGCACCAGAAGACAAUCGUGGACCGUGAGGCCACCUUCACCCUGACAAACAUUGUCCCUCAGCAGAGAGGCUCCAACGAAGGCACCUGGGCCCCACUAGAAAAGGAGGUGUUGGGAAGAUUCAAGGCUUUCUGCAAGGGGUCGAUGUAUGUGAUCACCGGAGCCAUGCCUUAUGAGUCUGAAUCCCGCUGGAUCAAUAACAGGGUGUCUGUUCCUGAGUACAUGUGGUCUGCCUACUGCUGUCCGUCCUACAGAUCUGACCUCCCUGACUCGGUGAAGCCCUUUUUCCCCACAUAUGCUGCUGUGGGAAGGAAUGACCGCAACAGUGGAGAGGAGAUUGUGCCGCUGGAUCCCAAAGCGGACACCCGCGUUCGAGGCUAUGAUGUGAGGCAGAUGUCCUUAGAGACCCUAGAGGGCAUCUUGAAAACAAGGCUGAAAAUGCCAGUCAGUCUGUUUAAAGGGCACUGUAAGUAACAAAGGGUGAGGAGCUCUAGUAAACAUAGCCAGAGUUAUUAUGGGUCACUAAGUACAGCAU